AUGACUGUCGUAACAACCCCUGCCGAUCAGAUUCGAAACAUCGGCUUUAUCGCACACAUCGACGCCGGUAAGACCACGGUCACCGAGCGGGUGCUCUACCUCACCGGCCGCAUCCGCAAGGUUGGCGGCGUGGACGAGGGCACCACGGCCAUGGACUGGAUGCCGCAGGAGAAGGAACGGGGCAUCACCAUCACCGCGGCUGCCACCACGGCGUACUGGCGCGACCACCAGGUCAACAUUAUCGACACGCCCGGCCACGUGGACUUCACCGCCGAAGUGGAACGGAGCCUGCGGGUCCUGGACGGGGGCAUCGUGGUGCUGGACGCCGUCGCCGGUGUCCAACCACAGUCGGAAACGGUUUGGCGCCAGGCCGACACGUACAACGUGCCCCGUAUCUGCUUCGUCAACAAGAUGGACCGGGUGGGGGCGUCCUACGAGCGCACCAUCGAAUCCGUCCGACGUCGGCUGAAAGGCAACCCCGUUGCGGUACAGGUACCGAUCGGGGAAGAGGACGAAUUUCGCGGCGUGGUCGAUCUGAUUGAAGGCCAGGCCAUUAUGUAUUCGGACGGGCGCGACGACGUGGCCGACCCGCCGGAACUGAUGCCGGUGCCGCCGGAAUACGAACGGGCCUAUCAAGAUUACCGCCAGGAGAUGAUCGAGAAGAUCGUCGAGACGGACGAGGCCCUGCUCAUCAAGUACCUCGAGGGCGAGGACAUCUGCGCCGACGACCUGCGUUCCGCCCUGCGCUCCGCCACCAUCAACCGCCAACUGGUGCCGGUGUUGUGCGGCAGCGCGAUGCGGGGCAAGGGCGUCCACCCGCUGCUGGACGCGAUCAUCUGCUACCUGCCAUCGCCGCUGGACGUUCCGGCCGUGGAAGGUAAGGUGCCCGACACCGAGACCAUGGAAAUCCGCGAACCUUUGGACAGCGAGCCGCUGUCGGCCCUGGCCUUCAAGGUGGUGAUCGACCCCUACGUGGGGCGGCUGGUGUUCCUGCGGAUCUACUCCGGGAAGGUGGAAUCGGGGGCAGCCGUGCGCAACGUGACCCGGGGGAACCGGGAGCGCAUGGGCCGCCUGCUGCGGAUGCACGCCAACCACCGGGAGGAGUUGCCGGAAAUAACGGCCGGCAACAUCUGCGCGGCGGUGGGCCUGAAGGACACCUUCACCGGCGACACCAUCUGCACCGACCACAAGCCGGUGAUCCUGGAACCGCCACACUUCCCCGAGCCCGUGGUUUCGGUGGCCAUUGAGCCGGCCACCCGUGUAGACCAGGACAAGCUCGGCGAGGCGAUGCGGAAGUUGUCCGAAGAAGACCCGACCUUCGUGGUGCGGUUCAACGACGAAACCGGCCAGACCGUCAUCUCCGGCAUGGGCGAACUGCACCUGGAAGUGCUGGUGGACCGGAUGCGGCGGGAGUUCGACGUGGAGGCCCGCGUGGGCCAGCCCAGGGUCGCCUACCGUGAAACGAUCACCAAGGCCAUCCGGGUGGAGGGACGCUUUGUGCGCCAGACCGGAGGCCACGGCCAGUACGGGCACGUGUGGCUGCAGCUCGAGCCGCAGGAACGCGGCGCCGGCUUUGAGUUCGUUGACGGCACCUCCGGCGGUGUCAUCCCCCGAAAUUACAUCCCGGCCGUUAGCGCCGGCGUGAAGCAGGCGCUGGACAACGGCCCGUUGGCUGGCUAUCCCCUGGUGGACCUGAAGGUCACACUGGUGGACGGCAGCUACCACACGGUGGACUCGUCCGAAAUGGCCUUCCGUUCCGCAGGCAUGAUAGCGAUGCGGGACGGGACGCGCCGGGCGGCGCCGGUGUUGCAGGAACCCUUCUUCGAAAUGGAGAUCGUAACGCCGGGCGAGUAUCUCAGCGAAGUGCUGAGCGACCUGGGAGGACGCCGCACCCAGAUCCGCAGCAUCGAAGGUCAGGACGGCCUUCAGACCGUGAGCGCCAUGAUCCCCCUGGGAGAGACGUUCGCGUACACCACGGCGCUGCGGUCCCUGACCCGGGGACGCGCUUCGUACACCAUGGAGUUCCGGCACUACGAGCCGGUGCCGGAGAGCGUGGCCCGGACUCUGGUUACCAACCGGUAG